CUUUAAGGGUAACCGGAACUGUUUGUUAACCCGGAAGUACAUUCUGCCGAACGUCGUUUUUGCUAAGCUAACCGCUAAAUUAGAGUGUAUUUUGAAAAGUGAUUAUUCGUCGUUGUGGAUAAAACCGCCCAGAAGAGGUGUUAACAUUCAAGGAUGUUUCUUACCACUGUAAACUUGGCCAAAGCAAAAUCCAAGAGCAUCCUGGUGCAGAUGAUGAGCGCAGCCGGAACCGGAUACCGGUUCAACACCAAGAGGAACCGUCUGAAGGACAAGCUGACCCUCCGCAAGCAUGACCCCAUCGUAAACAAGCACGUCCUGUUCUUUGAGAAGAGGAAGAUCAGAUCGAUUUAACGCCACAACUUGCACAGUUUAAACAGACUUCUGACACAGACACUUCUGGGAUUAUCAAAGCUUUGGCUUGCUGUGCUUAAACUUAUUGCUAAAUAUGGUUUCCUUGAUGUUCAAUAAAUUUUCAGUUACUCACCUGA